UCUCUCUCUCUCUCUCUCUCUCUCUUCUUCUUCUUCUUCUUCCAUUUCUGCGCCCAGAAACCUCAGCGAUGCAGCGCCAGAAGUCCAUCCUCUCCUUCCUCAGGCCCUCGUCGGACGGCCGGAGCUCCGGCGGCCUCCAGGGCGCCGCCGCCCCCGGCGAUUGCGCGGCCGGCUCGUCCGCGGAGGUGCGCGGCACCGACACUCCGCCGGAGAAGGCGCCGCGCCAGGUCCUCCGGUCGGGCGGCGAGGACGGCGGUCCCUCCCUGUACUCCAGCAUCAUGCGCAAGUUCGUUAGGGUCGACGGCGAGGAGAGGACGAGCGAUCGGAACAAUUCGCAGUCGCACUAUGGUACAUCUAAGGCUUCCCCUUUAUUUGAUAAAGUCGGUGACCUCAGCGAACAUCCUAGAACGGACAAUGACUUCAAGUUCAACAAGAAGGUCGAUCAUGAAUGUUUCAUGGAAAUUGAAAGUGAUAGUGACAUUCUUGGUCCCGAAACACCAGGUGUUCGACCCCUUGUGCCUCGAUUUAAGCGAGUUCAAGAGGAAACUCCUAAGUUCGAGUCUAAACAUGACUCAUCCUCUUUCAAUCCUGGCAAAAAGUUGAAAAUUCUUCCCGACUCUAUUUGCAAACCCUCAAAUAAGAAUGAGAAAGACACACAGGAUCCUACAAGCAAAUUUGAAUGGCUUGAUCCUUCUCGAAUUAGGGAUGGUAACAGAAGAAGACCUGAUGAUCCUCUCUAUGACAAGCGGACGCUUUACAUACCUCCUGAGGCUUUGAGCAAGAUGUCAGCUAGUCAGAGACAAUAUUGGAGUGUUAAAUGUCAAUAUAUGGAUGUUGUGCUUUUCUUUAAAGUGGGAAAGUUUUAUGAGCUGUAUGAACUGGAUGCAGACGUUGGUCACAAAGAGCUUGACUGGAAGAUUACAUUAAGUGGUGUUGGAAAAUGUCGGCAGGUUGGAAUCUCCGAGAGUGGAAUCGACGAUGCUGUUCAGAAACUGGUUGCUCGUGGAUAUAAAGUUGGACGAAUGGAGCAAGUGGAGACAUCUGCACAAGCAAAAGCCAGAGGUCCAAAUUCUGUAAUUUCAAGAAAAUUGGUUCAUGUGAUUACUCCAUCAACCUCAGUGGAUAGCAACAUUGGCCCUGAUGCUGUUCAUCUUCUUGCAAUAAAAGAGGGGGAGCAUGGACAAGAUGGCAGUUCAAUUGCCUAUGGUUUUGCUUUCAUUGAUUGUGCUGCUCUGAAGUUUUGGGUUGGUUCCAUUAAUGAUGAUGCUUCUUGUGCUGCGUUGGGGGCUCUGUUGAUGCAGGUAGCACCCAAGGAAGUGAUAUAUGAGAGCAGAAGUUUAUCAAAAGAAGCAUUGAAAGCAAUCAGAAAGUACUCAUUGACAGGCAAUAUGGCAGUGCAACUGACUCCCGUAAUGCCGGUUGCUGGUUUCCCAAAUUCUUCUGAUGUUAUGAAUUUGAUUCAGUCAAAAGACUACUUCAAGAGGUGUUCCAGCUUGUCGAAUUGUGCUCUUGAUGGUGUAGUGCGACAUGAUGUUGCCUUAUGUGCAUUAGGUGGUCUUAUCGAUCAUAUGUCAAGGUUGAUGUUAGAUGAUGUUUUGAAAAAUGGGGAUAUCACGCCUUAUGAGGUGUAUAAGGGUUGCCUCAGAAUGGAUGGGCAGACAUUGGUGAAUCUUGAGAUUUUCAGCAACAGUGCGGAUGGUGGUACAUCAGGUACAUUAUACAAGUACCUUGACAACUGUACAACUUGCUCGGGGAAGCGUCUUUUAAGACACUGGAUCUGUCAUCCCCUCAAAGAUGUAGAGAGCAUUAAUAAUAGACUCAAUGUCAUUGACAGUCUAGCUGCACAACCGGAAGUAAUGUCUCUUAUUGCUCAAAAUCUUCACAAACUGCCAGACUUAGAAAGGCUGCUUGGGAGGGUCAAGUCCAGCGUUCAGUUAUCAGCCUCCUUGUUACUGCCGUUGGUUGGGCUAAAGUUACUAAAAAAUUUGGUGAAAUUGUUUGGGUCUCUUGUGAAAGGCAUGCGGACUGCAGUGAAUUUGCUAAUGGUAUUACAGGAAGAAAGGAACAUAAGCUCAUCUCUGUCAAAAGUCUUCAACAUUCCACUUUUAGGCGGUAACAAUGGGCUCGAUAAGUAUCUCACCCAAUUUGAAGCAGCCAUUGAUAGUGAUUUUCCAAAGUACCAGGACCAUAAUGUAACGGAUUCAGAUGCUGAAACACUUUCUAUUCUGAUUGAGUUAUUUGUUGAGAAAGCCCCCGAAUGGUCUGCUGUCAUUCAUGCCAUCAACUGUAUUGAUGUAUUGAGAUCUUUUACACUCACUGCUACAUCUUCACUUGGAGCUUCAUCUCGACCUGUCAUUUUGCCUCAAUCAAAAACAAUGUGCUUCAGCCCAGAGGCCAAGGGACCAAUACUUAAGAUUACAGGGCUAUGGCAUCCAUUUGCCUUAGCUGAGAAUGGAGGAUUGCCAGUACCUAAUGACAUACUUCUCGGUGAAGAUACAGAUGGUUAUCAUCCUCAUACAUUGUUGUUGACUGGACCAAAUAUGGGUGGAAAAUCAACACUUUUGAGGGCAACAUGUCUUGCUGUUAUACUUGCCCAGUUGGGAUGUUAUGUUCCUUGUGAGAGGUGUAUACUCUCCCCAGUUGACAUCAUCUUUACACGGCUCGGUGCCACUGAUAGGAUAAUGGCUGGCGAGAGUACCUUCUUUGUUGAGUGCACAGAAACAGCAUCAGUUCUUCAAAAUGCCACUGAAGAUUCUCUUGUAAUUCUUGAUGAACUUGGUCGAGGGACAAGCACUUUUGAUGGUUAUGCCAUUGCUUAUGCUGUAUUCCGGCAUCUUGUUGAGAAGGUUAAUUGCCGGCUAUUGUUUGCAACACACUACCACCCGCUGACAAAGGAAUUUGGCUCUCAUCCACGCGUUACCCUGCAACACAUGGCCUGUGCUCUUAAGUCGAACUGUGGAAAUCACUCCAAGAGCGACCAGGAGCUGGUUUUCCUCUACAAGCUUUCGUCCGGGGCAUGUCCUGAGAGUUAUGGCUUGCAAGUAGCUUGUAUGGCUGGAAUUCCGCAACAGGUGGUUGAAUCUGCUUCGAAGGCUGGCCGACUUAUGAAGAUGUCGGUUGGCGGAAGUUUCAAAUCAAGCGAGCAGAGGUUGGAGUUUUCGACCCUUCAUGAAGAGUGGCUAAAGACACUACUAUCUGUAGCACAAACUGGAGGGCAUAAUGUGGAUGGCGAUGAAGAUGCUCUCGACACUUUCUUUUGCCUCUGGCACGAAUUGAAGAGCCUGUACCCGUCUCCUAAGUAACCAUGACUCGUGGGCUGGUGCUAAUGUAAAUUUUGUAAGUAUGACCUUAUGUGAUUUAUAACCAUUCUCGUGAAGUGGAUGAGCAAAUUCGAGGA